UUUAAGUCCAAACACAAUCAGACUGCAGGUGCAGGCCAUUCAGGCCAAACCGCCAAAUCAGACCUAGAAGACCAGCACCUAGAACAAGCUGACAGGGAAGCGAAAUAAACUGGACACAUAAAUCGAGGAAUUUUUCUGACUGCUGAAUCUGCGAGGAGCAGUCCAAGCCUUGCGAUGGCGGAUUGCGACAGAAUGCUUGACCGCAUUUUAGCCUUAGAGCCCGAUGGCCCAUUUCUAAAGAUUCGGGGAUACAACGUUUCAUCCAUGAUGCAAAUUCAGAACAUUAUAAAAAUGCUGGGAGAAAAAUUAGAACUAUCAGAAGAAAACAAAGUUGAACAUGAAAACCUAUACAGAGGCAAAAUGUUGCUGUGCAAAACCAAAGGAGAAGGCAGUUGGUACCGCUGUGAGGUGAUGGACCAUACUGAUUACUUGCCUGGUAUCCUCGUGAGGAUGAUGGAGUUUGGCACUGAAAUGUCGGUGCCUCUAAGCAACUUGAGAGAGAUAAACAGCGCGUUUCACAGCAGCACAUCCAUCAAGGCUCCUGCCCAGCACAAGGUGUAUUAUAUCGAUGGCAUCAGUUGCAAUCAAGGAUGGAUACCUGACAAGGUUGAGCGUAUCAAAAAUUUGCUGACUAUGAAGCAUGCAGACAUAAAAGUCGUAGUCUCAUUCACUGCUUGCAAGAGAGAGUUUGUGGUGCUGCACUUGAAUGAUGUCAAUGUUGCUGAUAUCUGCGCGAAGGAGAGGUGCGGCAUAAGGAUCAGCAGCAAAGAACAGAAGAAAAAGGCAAAUGAAUUCUGGGGUGUCAGUGGCGCCAGACAUGCAAGCAACUCUAACAUGCCAAGCCCAAUGCUAGCACCAUCUCCAGACUUGCUGAACAUAACCUCCCCAAAGCCGUUUGUCACAACUACUGUCCCUGAGGCGGAGCAUGUGUUCAGCAGGCCCUACGGAAGUUUUGCUUCAAAGCAUGCGACUGCCAGCAGCAUGCGGCACAAAAACUCGGCUGGCCCAUUUCCUUCAGCUGCGCAGAACUUGUAUGCGGGAAUGCAAAGCAGUGUUGAACCUGGAGGACCACGGCUUCAUCAGGCUCAGAAUUUGAUGGGCCCUCCUAAAGUUGGUGUGAACACGCCACCUGUGUUGAAUAUGCCAGGCAUGCAUGCUGUCACCAUCAUCUACAUUGAGAAUGGGCCUCACAAAUUCUUCGUACACCUCCAGACGGAGGAACGCAUGUUCUCUGACAUCUGCAAUGCACUGAAUCAGUCAGCGUUGACUGUGCCUGCUGUCAUCACCCCUGGCUUGCCUUGCGCCGUAAAAGCAGACUCUGGAGUGUUCAGAGCAAUGGUAACCUCAUGUGAUGAAGAGUGCACAGUGCAGUUUGUUGACCUGGGACAGACCAGAACUGUGCCGUACUCUGAAGUUUUUGACCUGCCUAAUCAGUUUGCCCAUAUCGGCCAGCUUGCUUACAAGUUUAGCCUUGCGGGGCUGCGUAAUCCACUGCUCAGUGACAAGGAAGCUGUCAACGAGCAAUUUGAAACCAUUUCCAAGAGAUCAAGCUCGCUGCGCCUACAAGUUGCUGCUGCAGAUGGUCUGCCAAUCACCCAAUACUGCAACUUGUUUGUUGGCAACAGAAAUGUCCUUGAUGUUUUGAUUGAAGAAACAAGCAAAGCCCUUCAAUAUGAACAUAUGACUUUGGAGGUUGGCACCCACCACGAAGUGGUUGUGUCCCACGUUGAGACAAAGAAGACGAACCUGCCAUGGGCUUUCUAUGUUCAGUUAGUCACGGAAAAGGAAAGAAUGGGAAAAGUUGCUGCUCAGCUUGAGGAGUACUGCCUGAAAGCAAGCAUCCCAGACGCUAGGCACCUGAAAGCAAAUCACCCUGUGUUUGCUUACUGCGACAUAGAAGAAAAAUGGAAUCGAGCAAUGAUAACUAGCGUCAGUGGAAGCAAAGCCACUGUGAUGUUGAUGGACUGCGGACAAACUAAAGAUGUGCCCAUUGCCAAAUUGAGAGCUGCAAGCCGUCAGCUGAUCAAUGCUCUCCCUGCCCAAGCUAUCAAAUGUGUUCUUGAUGGAAAUGGCUUUGAGAUCCAGGCAGCCCAGUUGAUGGCGCAAAUUCAACUAAUGAAGCAGGUUUUCAUCAUGACUGUGCUGACCACGAUGGAUCUUUGUCAAGCACUCAAUGUGAAAAUGGUUGAGAGCAUUAAUUCACAAAUCAGUCUCAACGCAUACUUGACCAUGCAAAUACUAAGCACAAAAAUAAACAACAAAGAAGAGCCGCAGCGCAGCUUCCAAGUGCCUGAUGUAUCCGUUCCUCCUCCCCCUCUGUUCGUGCAACCCCGCUCAAUAAACCGGGACCCAAGACUGGACGAGAACAGAGGCAAAGCUAACAGCAAGAAACUUGACAAAGCAGACUGCAACCAAUCGGAUAAGCCACCAAAGGAAAACCAUUUGUCGCCCACUCCACCUGUCACAUUUUCACCAGAUAACAAGAAACGAAGAGAUUGGGACAAUCCAAGUGGCAACUACUUUGCAGAUAGUUCUAACCCUUUCACUAGUGACCCAGAAACCAAGAAAAAGGACCUGGUUGAGUUGGUGGAACAGUAUGAUCGCCUCCCUUUGAAAAGGAGUUCCAGCAGUGGUGACACUUGGUCUGGAAAGAGGAAGGUGACUGACUACACAGAUUUGGAGGAUUCUAAACGUGAGAGCCAUAAAAUGAAUUUGGAGAUGACCAACAAAUGGAAGGAGGCCAAUCAGAGACCUCUCAAUGAAAGCUUCUCGAAGAUCGAAGACAAAGGCUCCCGCCAAGAGAAUAAAAACUGGAGAGAACGUGAAGGAGGAGAUUCCAAGCCAUUCGGAAGAAAAGAUGAAAGGCAAGGGAAUGGCUUUGGUAUGAGUGGUGCUGACCGAAAACGCACUGACUUCCAUGGCAAGGACUCCUUAGGACCUGCCUCCCAAAACUGGAAACAUGCUGGUGGAGACAGAGGUCAAAGGAACUUUGUUGAUAACAAAGGAGGCUCCAAUCACAGCUCUGGGCAAAGCAGAAUGGUGAUUUCCAAAGAAGAUGAAUGGGGUGUAAAAACAUCAUCACCUCCUUUGCCUCAUCCAAAGCCUAAGCCAUAUACUGCCAAAAUAGGAGGAACAGAGAUUUGCACUGUCGUGUUCAUCACGGAUCCAUCUAAUUUCUUUGUGCAGCCAUUGAAAGAUGCUCACAAAAUUGAUGAGCUCACUUCUAACACAACUGCUGAGUUUGCCAAGAAUCUGGAAGAUGCGCCUGGACUUUCGGUUGGGGAUGGUUGCUGGGCUAAGUAUGCUGCUGAUGGGCUGUGGUACCGAGCUUUGGUGACAGACUUGAAUGACCUCCAGUUCAGUGUCGUUUUUGUUGAUUAUGGCAAUAGCAGCAAGGCUGCAAAGUCAGAUAUUCAACCCAUGAAGCCUGAACACGCAAGUUUACCCUCUCAAGGUGUGUGCUGCACUCUAAGAGGCGUUGACAAAUCCAAAUGGGAUGCUGCUGAAAUCGAAAAGUUUGAAAAUGCAAUAUCUGAUAAGGAAGUUAAGGUCACGUAUGUAGCUAAAAUUGGCGGCAAAUACAGUGUCAUCGUGAGCCUUGGUGAUCAAUGCAUCAACAUGAGUUUUGGAGCAAGUACUGAGUCGCUACUUCCGUUGAGAAGCAUUCCUAUUGAAAUAUUUGAGCCAAAGACAGUUAUUCCAAAUGCCACUAUUUCUUGGUUUGUGAGCCCAUUCAACUUCCACAUUCAUCAAAAUUCCAGCUGCAAUGUUAGUGAAAUGCUAAAAGCGGACAUUGACAAACCAGCCAAGGACAUCGUCAGAAUCCCAUUGGAGAAUCCAGGAGUUGGUACUUUGGUGCACAUUGAGAUCACUCAGAACAUGUUGCGAGGCCAGAUUGUUGCGGCCAAAGAGGAAAAUAAAAUUAUGAAGUACAGAGUAAAGCUUGUUGACUAUGGGCGAUUUAAGAUAGCAACAUGUGAUCAGUUGAGUGCAUUGCCAGAAGAGCUUUCCAAGUACCCACAGCAAGCAAUCCAUUGCACGAUGGCAAAUGUACAGCUGGCUGAAGGGAAAAAUUGGCCUGUUCCUGGAUCAAACCGCCAGUUUGAUGAUAUUUUCAGACUACCGCCAUCCUUCAAAGUCAUGGUUGAGAAUGUUCUUGAAAAUGGUCAGUUGGAAGUUAGUAUGCAACGUGAUGAUGGACACGAAGUGUCAGAUCUGCUGACUCAACUCGAUUUUGCCGUUCCUAAACCCAAGGCUUGUGAUAAGGAAAAAGCAGCACCUAAAUGUGAAUGGAAGGUGUUCACCUCUUACUAUGAAAACAACAACAGAUUUUAUGUGCAGAAGGAGGCGGAUCAAAAGAGCAUCAGUGAGCUGCUUUCAAAACUUCAGCUUCUCAAGAAAGAACCCAUUGAAAAACUGGAAAGUGGCAAGCUAGUAUUGGCCAGGAAUCCGGAGGAUCAAAUGUGGUACCGCUGCACGAUCACUGAGACUGAGCCGGCUGCUGGUGGUUUCCUCAUUGACUACGGCAAUUCGAUUGCUGUGAGUGAAGCAGCUGUAUUGCCCAAAGAGCUGUCGUCAAUUCCCCCAUUCGCCGCGUGCUGCUCCAUUCCACUGUGUGCCAUCCCCAAUGUUGCUGAAAAUGUUGACAAAGAGAUCCAAGAAGAUCUAUUCAAGGUCGAAGCUUUGACCAUGAAGAUUGAUGCUGUGACUGAUGAUUACCUUCUGGUUGACUUCCAAUUGGACGGGCAGACCCUGAUAGAAAAGUUCUACAACAGGAUGGAUGCGAUUCGCACUUUCUUCCUGGGGUCUAUUUCCAAUGUUGACUCCCUUGAGGCGAUUGACUGCCAGGCCGUGGAAAACGAGGCUGAUCUUGUGAACGUCGCACAAGCAUUACUCAAGGCUGAUGAGUUUCCUGAUUUGGAACAGUUCAAUGUGGGUGACACAUGCGUUGCCAAAUUUGACGAUGACGGCUUAUGGUAUCGCGCCAACAUCACCAAUGUGCAGGAUGGCGUCACAGAAGCUCUUUUCUUUGAUUAUGGCAACUCUGCUGUAGUGACUCAGCUGAAGAAAAUUCCUGAGAGCGUAGAAAAAAUCAAACGUUUGUCCCAGCUUGUGAAAAUGAUCAAUGUACCUGAGGGGGAGGUUGUUGAGAACAAGCUGUACGACAUGCUCUCUGAUUCUUCUGUAAAUUAUGGCUUUUUUGCCCCAUCCCCACGAACAUGCCCUCUGGAUGUUGUCAUUUUCAAGGAUGGAAUUGAUUUGCGCAAGAUUGCGAGCAGCGGGCUGAACAUCAUGGCUAAAGAGUUCAAGCCUAGAGGCUGCUUUGCUCCUCCUGCGGAUUUGAUUAAAAUCGCUGUUUGCACGUCUGGCACUGCUAGCGAAGAUGUCAAACAAAUCGACUUUGAGAUGGCUGACCAUCAGUUAAAGAUCAUACCUGAAGCAACGGAGAAGCGUGUGCAGAUAGUGCCUGAAAAGAUUGACUUGAAAUGCACAGAAGAUGCCCCUGUGGCUGCAGCUUUAGAGGAGACAGGAAAAAAUCUAUGCUCUCCUGAGGCUCAAGUUCCUUUGGAGGAAAUUCAACAACUGUUGAGCAGCAUAGUCGAGGAGAGUGCUGAAAUUCUGUGCAAAUCUCAAGCUGCGUCUGAUGAAAUUGUGAAGAAGGAAGAUGGAAAAGAGAUCAAUUUCAUGUCGCCUGAACAAGCUCCCUACAAAUCUGACGUUGAACCUGCCAAAGAAGAGGCAAUCUGUGAAACACCAAAAGAAAGUGAGUCAGUUGAGGAAACUCAAAACAGGCUAGCAAAGGAGCAAGAAGACGCUGUUGUUCCUUCCGAAUCUACAUGUACAAUGGAGUGCUCAGCAUCUGUUCCCAUUUAUUGUGAACCAGAAGAUCCAAACUUGCUCACAAUGAUGGAGAUUGAGGAAGCUCCAGGUGGUGGGUGCGCUCGAGAAGAAGUUUCAGAGGAGCCAGAGUUGAAGAGUGCCGAGACUGGCCACUCGUCUGAGUAUGAAAUGCUGUUUGUUGACAACAAAACUAGCUCCCCCGUUGUUGAACCUAACAACUCAGACGUGCUGAGCAUUGAUGCUGGAACUGAGAUUUCCAAGAGUGGAGAUGAAGAGGAAGAUUUUACUUUAAAGCUUCCAGACGAGUUUGACAGUGACGCUUCCGAAUGUGAAGCAAAAAAUGAGGAAAUUAGCUCUGAUCAGACUAAGGAUAAUGAAGAUCCCAUGGAGGAUAAAGCCACAGCUGCUGAUGCUGUGUGGCAAACCAAUACCGAAGCAAAUUUGUCUACUGAGGCAAACGCACACGGCUGUCUUUCUGAACUGGCAGAACUAUGCUGUCGUAUUGGGGAAAGGAAAGAAGUUGAGGACAUGGAUGAAAAAGAAGAAAUGCCUGGAAACCCAUUGAUGCUUGGAUCCCCUGCUGCCAAUGCUGUUGAGGAAUCGUUCUGCCAUGAAUCUCCUGAGUUUGUUCAGGACACAUAUGGCGCUGCUGAUGAAAGUGAACCAGGCCAAUUUGUGGAAGUUAAGAAUGAGGGACAUAAUGUUGUCGAUGAUUUCACCUUCCAAGAGCCUCCUCCAGUAGGCAAACUCACUGCUGACAUUAAAAGCCACCAUGGAUCUGACAUGUCAAUUGACGAGAUAGGAAUCCAGCCGUUCACCAUUCUCUCGACUGCCUCUCUUGUUGAUGCACCUAUUUCAUCCACUGAGGUAAGGCGUGUCCCUAAACGGCCUCUAACUGUUGACCAGGAUCUGAGUGACAACAAUGAAGUUGAGGCGAAGAAGCUUAACAUGGUCCCAUCUAGUGACGCUGGAGAUCAACUGAUGCAUGCUGAAAGAGCGGAGGACUCUGCUUAGCUGUCUUGGAGAACUCUGUUUGUAUUUGAUUUCAUUGUUUAUAUAUAACCUUUCUGUUAACUUAGGAAUAAAUUCUCAGAAUUUGGGCACUUAAUAA